GCUCUGCGCCAUGAGGCACAUGCUGGGGAACCAACACACGGCAAAGCACUACUACUUUUUUUUAAAAAAGCAGCUAGUUUGAGUUUAAAGAUCGUUGAUACCUUCCCCAACCGUUGACAAUGAUGAACGGACAGAUGAAUGGUUUUCAUAACGCCCUCAUCGACGAGGACUGCUUCUUGUUCACCUCUGAGUCGGUCGGAGAAGGACACCCUGACAAGAUCUGUGAUCAGAUCAGUGAUGCUGUUCUGGAUGCCCAUCUCAAGCAGGAUCCUGAUGCCAAAGUUGCAUGUGAGACUGUUGCAAAAACUGGGAUGAUCCUGCUGGCAGGGGAAGUAACAUCACACGCCACCGUGGACUACCAGAAAGUUGUUCGUGACACCAUCCGGCAAAUCGGAUAUGACGACUCAUCUAAAGGCUUUGACUACAAGACGUGCAAUGUUCUUGUUGCAUUGGAGCAACAGUCUCCUGAUAUUGCUCAGGGUGUUCACAUUGACCGCAAUGAGGAGGAUAUUGGAGCUGGCGAUCAGGGCUUGAUGUUUGGAUAUGCCACUGACGAGACUGAAGAGUGUAUGCCUCUCACAGUUGUCCUUGCACACAAACUGAAUGCAAAGAUGGCUGAACUUCGUCGCAACGGCACACUCUCAUGGCUUCGGCCAGACUCAAAGACUCAGGUUACUGUACAGUAUCGCCAGGACCGUGGUGCCAUGCUGCCAGUGCGUGUGCAUACAAUUGUGAUUUCAGUUCAACAUGAUGAGGAUAUUUGCCUAGAGGAGAUGAGAGAUGCUUUAAAGGAGAAGGUCAUCAAGACUGUUGUUCCCUGUAUCUAUUUGGACGAUGACACAAUCUACCAUCUGCAGCCCAGUGGGCGAUUUGUCAUCGGAGGCCCACAGGGUGAUGCUGGGCUCACUGGACGCAAGAUUAUUGUUGACACUUAUGGAGGCUGGGGAGCCCAUGGCGGUGGAGCUUUCUCUGGGAAAGAUUACACAAAGGUUGACCGUUCUGCUGCGUAUGCUGCACGCUGGGUGGCCAAAUCUCUUGUGAAGGCCAGACUUUGUAAGAGAGUGUUGGUCCAGGUGGCCUAUGCCAUUGGAGUUGCCCAUCCCCUCUCCAUUUCAAUCUUCCAUUAUGGGACCUCCCACAAGAGUGAGCGAGAGCUGCUUGACAUUGUGAGGAAGAACUUUGAUCUUCGUCCUGGAGUCAUUGUCAGGGAGCUGGAUCUGAAGAAGCCCAUGUAUCAGAGGACCGCAACCUAUGGCCAUUUUGGCCGAGACUCAUUCCCAUGGGAGGUUCCCAAAAAACUAAAAUACUAAACUUGUUAAGCUUUUCCCCCCAGGCCUGUUGGUGUAUACUACAGAGAAGCCUCCAAGGUUCCGGGGGUGAAAUGCCUUAUCUCUUAUAGUACUGCUCGCAACUCCUUCUGCUCACUCCAACUCCCUUUUGUCUUAUUACAGUUGUCUGCUGGUUGCAGUAUCACAGUGCUGGGAGGCAUUCCUUCCAUGUGAUAUUUAAAGAAAUGAAUGGGUUCCAUGAACUCAUUCCAGUAGUACUUCAUGUUCUGCCAUGCCCCUCCCCUCUGAAUAACUGUUCUCUUUUUGGCAUUCCACACUUGUCAAUAUUGUCAGUUUAAGGUUCAUUGCCUUCGGGUCUUAUUGUAGCCCUUCUAAUUUACUGGUGCUACUGGUUUGCAACAUAACAGUAACAGUUAAUAUGGUAGUAUUAUGGUAUGGUACCUUCCUGAAACAUUCCUCUGUCGUCGGGCUCGUACAAUAUUCCCUAGUCCAGUGUUCCUUUUUUUUUUUUUUUUUUUUUUUUUUGUUUGCUUUUAUUCCCUUGUCUUUGUGGAGGAUGGUAGAAUGGCACAGAUUAGAUUAAGGGUUGUGGCUGUAAUUUAAUAAAAUGCUAUGCAUUGCCGGAUAAGUGUUGAGCCAGAUCCUAAUUCAUUGCUCAAAUGAGCACAAAGCCUCACAUACUUCUACAGACCUGUGCUGUUUUCUGACGUAAUACAGAAAAGUCAGAAGCUGCUAUGUCACUGCUCUGGCCUGCAGAGGUAUUGGUUAUACUUGAUGGCAAUGGGACAUUGGAUUUUCAACAAGUCGUUUUUUUUUUUUUUUUUUUUUUUUUUUUUUUAAAUGUAGUUUCAGUGGCUUUUUAUAUGGUUUGAAGAGAUUAAAGGCCCACUUACUCCUUAAGGAUAAUGGUGGCAGGUGUAGCUACAGAGAAACCUGGUUACCAUCUUUAUUCUUGCAGGGGUCUGUUAUUUACUACAGUCUUGACUUAAAAUCAAACAGACACUAUUUAUUUGUUCUCUGAAACAUGGCGUGGAUACAGAGUAGCUCAUGUUUCAGAAGGCAGCUUUAAACACAUUGAAUCUUGAAUUCCUUUUGACUUGAUAGUUUUCAGUGUUUGAGCUUGAGGCUUCAGAGUGUUGUACAGAAAAGCUUUGGUCUGCCUCAAUGCCACAAUGUCACUGGCUACUGUUGAACUGUGUUUUUUAAAAUUAAUCCGGUUAAAAUGUCUGCGAGUCUUUGCGUCCUAGCUAGUCUCGUUCUUAUGAAUGGCAACAUUUGGCUGGUGUGGUACAGAGAAACCAGCCUUGUUUACACAGCCAUUCAUGCGGGAUAGUUUUGGUUUUGUUCCCUUUUUACCACUUGGCGUUCAUCCUGUUGGCUACAGCAAGUGUGAGAGUGCCUUUCUAUUUCCUCCCACCUACCCCCUUUUUGCUUUUCUCCCUUCUACCAACCUGCAUUCAACUCCAGAGGAAAAAGUAGCUCAGAUUGUGUUAUCCUCAGUGUCUAGCUUUAAUAGUUUCUUUAUCCUCUGUAAUAAACACAUACUCCAUUCAAA